UUUACUAUAUAUCGGAAACCCAAAAUUUCGAGGAUCGAAGGGUUGGUUAUACAGUAGCAAUUUUUAACAAAGAAAACAUAGACAUAGGUCGGUGAUAUAAAAUCAAUAUCGGAAGAGGAAGAGGAAGAGGGAGCGCAAUGAAGGGUCCAACAGAGUCAAAAUUCUUGCAAGAACUGGUUUUGUACGCCGCUAGCGCCGCCUUGAGCUGCCUGGUGUUGUUCGCCGGUCUUCGACACCUGGACCCCAACCGCGAGGCCUCCAAGAAAGCUCUUGAGCACAAGAAGGAAAUCUCCAAGCGUUUGGGUCGACCACUCAUCCAGACCAAUCCCUACGAGGAUGUUAUAGCUUGUGAUGUCAUAAAUCCAAGCCACAUUGAUGUGGAAUUUGACUCUAUUGGAGGACUGGAAACCAUUAAGCAAGCAUUAUAUGAAUUGGUAAUUCUUCCGCUACGAAGGCCUGAGCUAUUUUCACAUGGGAAGCUUCUCAGUCCCCAAAAAGGGGUGUUGUUAUAUGGACCACCCGGCACAGGAAAGACCAUGCUUGCUAAAGCUAUUGCGAAAGAGUCUGGAGCUGUUUUCAUUAAUUUGAGGGUAUCAAACCUAAUGAGCAAAUGGUUUGGUGAUGCACAAAAACUUGUUGCUGCUGUCUUUAGCUUGGCUUAUAAGCUCCAACCUGCUAUUAUAUUCAUUGAUGAAGUUGAUAGUUUUUUGGGUCAGCGACGCACAACAGACCAUGAAGCAUUAGCAAACAUGAAGACAGAGUUCAUGGCUUUAUGGGAUGGUUUUACCACAGACCAGAAUGCUCGGGUGAUGGUUCUUGCUGCAACUAAUCGCCCAUCAGAACUGGAUGAGGCAAUACUUCGACGUCUUCCUCAGGCUUUUGAGAUCGGGAUACCCGACCGCAGAGAGAGAGUUGAGAUACUGAAGGUGAUUUUGAAGGGUGAGAAGGUGGAAGAGGACAUAGACUAUGAUCACAUAGCCGGUGUAUGUGAUGGGUAUACUGGAUCAGAUCUUCUUGAACUUUGCAAGAAAGCAGCCUAUUUUCCCAUCAGAGACCUACUUAAUGCUGAGAAGAAUGGGAAUUCAUCUCCUGAACCAAGGCCAUUGUCACAGGCAGAUCUGGAGAAAGUUCUUGCCACGUCAAGUAAGACAAGGGUUGCUGCGAGUGAGUACACUAGGUUAAACUCUCAAUUACCAGUGUGGGCAAGGAAUAGUGAGCCAGAUGAUUAUCAGGUCCAAGCUGCAAUCAACGAGGUCUCUAGGAUUGUGUUUUCCCAACUUUUGAACAUUCAGUCAGAUGCUCAGAACAAUUGAAGUUAGUACCUAACCACAAUGCGUAUGAAUUAUGAACGAACUUACAGAUUUUGUGAUCUUUUGAGGCAGCUGAUUGCUUUCUGUCAACCCUCGACGCAUUCAGAAUAUUCCUGAUUGUUACAAGAGCUUCACUUUUGAUAUAGCAUAAAAAAUUAUGACCCGACACUUAAUUAUUAUAAUAUUAUAUUGUACUUUAGGUAUCUCUAUAUAUCCCUAUGCACUAUGUUUUGAUUCAGAACGAUAAGUAUUAUCAAGUAGCAUUGUCUUUAUUUGAUAAGGUUAUUUUUAAUAUAGGUUCACAUUGUGCCAUUGCAGUAAAAGCUUGAGCUAACAAGUAUGUGUGCAGCACUUUAUGUAAAAUAUUGUCAAAGAUUGUUUCUUCCUGCCUAACACUUGGCAUAGGUUCUAUGGUACUAGGUAAUGGUCUUUUUAUAA